AUGACCUCGUCGCACCACCACCAUCAACAACACCAGCAAGGCGACGACGUCCCCGCCGGCGCCGCGGCCUCGACGCCCCUGUCGCAGGACCUCAUGUCCCCCGUGUCCCCGACGACGGAGCACUCAGCCGCCGACGCCCAGCGCGCCAUGGAGCACACCCAGGCCUGGAAGCCCAAGCUCGACCGCCGCCAGAGCUGGGACGACCAGGAGCACAAGCGCGAGCUGCAGAUGGGCCGCAUCGCCGACGUCAAGACGGGGCCCGGCUUCACGGAGAAUAAGUAA